CUGAUGUAAUUAGCAUGUUGCUACCUCCAAGAAAUCCAAUCGAGGAAAGUUCGUCAUGUACUCGGGUGCUGAAGCGAACGGCGAAAAGACUCAGGGACUAUCCGCGCGCGCUCUGGCUACGGAAGUCCCUUUACAACAGCUCGUUACAUCCUACGAGCAGGCUCUCUCGAUUGCUGCACUAUACCGAGCCGGGAAGAUACAAGACAAGCUUUAUUCUCCCGGAAGUGCUGCCGGUCGUUGGAGCAUGCAGUGGAAGGAUCAGACUGGGAAGAGGAAGGGAGGCUUGUCGGAGAGGGUGUUAUAUCAGUGGUUCGUCCAUACUCGACUCCAUCAACAUAUAAUCGCUCUCUUAUCGUUCCUAAAUGGCUUCCCGUACACUGGCUGUCUUGGUCAUGCCGAAGUGACCUAUGAGCUCCCAUCGUCUAAGGUUCUGCGCAUCCGUGGUUUCCUUGAUCACAACGAAGCGUGUCGAUUGGCGACGAUGGAGAACAAACCUACACACCCCGUUCACCCCGCUGUCUACAAGGUCGCACUGGAUCAACUUCGUGAUGGCUCGACUUGGUCCGAUAUCAUGGAAAAGAACCGGAAGUACGUGCUAGAUUGUUUGUACCCUGGACAGAAGGCAGAUUGGGCCUAUUCGAACUAUCGCUGGCUGCUCAAGAGAACGGAUUCGCGCUCACGCAAUAUCGAUUCCUGGCUCAACCCAUCGUCUCCCGAUUACAACUCAACCCUCGCUGAGGCCGUCUUCUUCUACUCGGCUCGUGCGGCGACCGAAGAGCGCCUGAAAAUUUGUAUCGCCACACCGGAGAUGAAAGAGGCUGCUUGGAGGUACGGGCACAAUCAGCAGAUCCUUCUUGAUGGUACAUUCGGAGUCUUUCUGAUGUUCUCCGCACCAUCAGGGAACAAAUUCACUCCGGCCGGAUACGACACCGCGAUACUCACUGAACUUCUCUCGAAGUGGAAGUCGUCCCUAGGUGUUCGCAAGGGAACUGCAUUCCACUCGCCCGUCGCAAUAACCGACACGGACCUCAAAGAGCGCAAUGCGCUCCUCGAGGUCUUCCCUAACAUCUGGCUUCUUCUCAGCUACGGGCGUUGGCGAGGUUCGCAUUCGGCUUUCACGGCUGGAAGACGAGCUGAUACGUACAAAGGUACACGAGGACGCUCGCCAACUUGUUGCCGCUGAGCGUGCUACUCUGGUGCGACUUAAAACCCUCGAUCCCACCGCGACAUUUGCGGCCGAUGGUGGUAUCGCACACGUCGUUGGCAACGGAACGGCCGCCGUCUUCGCCUUGAUGUCCUCAUAAAUCUCCUGGGAAGCAAGAUUGCGACACGCGGGUGCGAAUCAUCUCAUCGAGAGCCGCGGGACCACAAGCCUCCCAGCACCCAGCAUAGCCUGGCUCGUCCCUGACGAGGUUCGAGACACCGCCGCCGCCGCACUUCCAGUGCCACUCCGCCUUCGCUUUAGAUGUCGAGGAAAUGCCCACUGUCUACACGGUGACGAUGGAAAUCGACGGCGCCACGAGCUGUUCCUGUGGCGACUUUACACAUCGUGGUGGCGCCGCAGAUCCCAAUUCCGACCAGCAUAGACGCUGCACGCAUUCUUGAGGCAACGCGGGUAGCUCGUAGUGUCGAGAAGGCUGUGGCUACAGCUGGCUGUCAGGUUGGACCGGUUAUGCGUGCAGUGCAGGUUG